AUGCGUGUGUUGAAGGUGGCGAAUUCAAGAGAGGAUCCUUAUUACGACCCGAAACGGGUCGACGACGAGGUUUUUGGGUCGGAAAACGAGAGGCUGAACUCGCUCGUUCUGCCUACGUUCUCGGGGGUCGAUAGGGAGAGAGAGAUGUCGGUUAUGGUCUCGGCUUUGGCUCGUGUGGUGGCCGGAGAUGUUGGUGACGUCGUGGCGGCCGAGGGCGGUGGUUCGUCGUCCUCAUCGUCAGCAUGCAGCAAAAGGGGACGUGAUGAUGAAGGAGAUGGUAGAGUUUAUAGGGCUAAUUAUGCUGAUUUUGCCGUUGGAACUAAUUCUUCUACCUUGGGACCAUCAUCAUCUUUAGAGACCAUCAAUUCAAGUCAAAUCAAGCCAACCAUCAUAACAUCACCAGACUUAUCCUCAGUCUACACUUACCAUCCUCAAGAAGUCACAAACUCGUCAUCUAACCGAAAGUACCGAGGCGUGAGGCAGAGGCCGUGGGGCAAAUGGGCAGCCGAAAUACGCGACCCGCACAGAGCUGCCCGAGUCUGGCUGGGCACCUUCGACACGGCCGAGGAUGCUGCCCGAGCCUACGACGAGGCUGCCCUCCAUUACAGGGGCAGCAAAGCCAAGCUCAAUUUUCCCGAGAACGUUCGCCUCCUCCAUCCCGUUAAUACCGAGCCCAUCGUCCACAGCCGACCCGAGCUUCAGGGGCAAUUCGGUAAUUUUGGGUUUCAGGGGCAGUUCGGUGAAUUCGACUCGGCUCGGCCGGGGGUUUCCAUGACGCUCGAUGAUAUAGAGAGGCAGACGGGUUUUCUGGAUGAGUUGAUGGCUUACGAUCCUUCCGGAUUGCAACAGUAUGUGCCGCCGGCCAGCGAGGGUUUUCAGGCGGCCGGGCCGCCGCCUGAAAUGGAUGUCAGGCCAGCUGGCGCCGGCGGGAGCCAGAACAGUGGCGGCCAUUGGGCUUCAUCUGGAUGA